AAAAAAUUAGCCCUAUGAUUAAGUUCUACUUCCACUACCCCUCCCCCAUCACUUCUCCUCCAGGUUGGUAGUUAGGAAAUGGCAGCUAGGGACAGAAUGGGGGCUUUUCCCUAGCCGGAGAUUGGAAGUAAUCUUGUGCUGUUUUUUUUUUAACCCCCCCAAAUCUAGGUCCACUUAAGCCGAGAGUGAGGGCGGAAGAACUCCAACUAGAUCUCUCGAAGAAUCGGGGGUGGUGAAACCUCCCUGCCCCUGGGGCGUAGACCGAUCCACCCUAUAGCUGCCGAGCUAGACCGACCAGGCCAAAAGCUAAUUACUUAUCCAACAUCUCCCCGGGCUCCGAAUAAAUGUAGGUGGCUCCGAGGUUCCAACCUUUGCCCUCUCCCAGCCUGGGUAGCUCUGGAGGCCGAGGAAGCCACUCCGAGGGGCUGCAGGACUAGAAGACCUGGACACCCCACUUCCGGCGGAUACAGUUGAAAUGCCUGAAGGCAGGCUGUUGGAGGCCUGAGGUACUGGGAUCAGAGCCAGAGGGCCCUCCCCUUCUCAGGUGGACAAAGCAGAACAUGCCAUGUGUACUCCUUCUCCAGGUGGCCAAAGAUGGCAGAGGAUGCCCCAAGCUUGAAGGGAGCUUUUGAUAUCUUACACCAAGCUGGGCAGGACAAACUCCUUUACCUAAAACAUAAGUUGAAGGCCCCUAGGCCAGGCUCCAAAGUCAGCAGCCUGCUACAUGCCAUGGUCCUCCUGACUCUGGGACAGGAGACAGAGGCGAGGAUCGUCUUGGACUCACUGAGAGGAGAUAAGGUAGCCCUCUCUGUGGCUAGAACUUGGGAAGGGACAGGGCCUCUCCUGAACCAGGUGGACCUUUUGCCAUGUGAAGAGCGGGCAGACAUCCGAUUGGCUGUUGCCCGCAUCUACCAGUUACUAGUAGAAGAAAAGCUAUGUGAGGCUUCAUCCCGGAACCAAGCCUAUCAGGCCGCCAUUCAGGCCCUCAGCCUGUGUCAUGACGCUCGGUUGGACAGCAUCCUGGCUGAGGCCCAGUCCCAGUGUGGCCAUGAUAUCCAUGGGGCUGGGAGUUUCCAGAUGCUCAGGUCAGAUGUGAGCUGCCUGCCAGUAUCCUCAGCCCCCACCUCUAGGGUUAAUAGUCACCCUUGGCCCAUUAGGGCCAGGUCAGAUUUACUGGCAACUGAGUCACUUCCCUUAUCCUUACACUCUACUGGCAGUCCCGCCUCUUUUGCCAGCAACCUGCAGAUCAGUCAGUCCCCCACUUUGCCUUUUCUCACCCACCUGCCUGAGAAAAAGAGCCCCAGAGGCCCCAGUAAAUUGUGUGGGGACCCUCAGACCAAUUCCACACAGGACCCUGAACCACAGGCCAGACAGGAACCAGAGGAGAUGAGCUGGCCUUGUUCAGACCCAGCCGCCUCACUCCCCGUACAGCUAAACAGCUCGGCCUCAGUGGUUUCUGGUCCUCGGCUUCCCAGCUCCUCUACCCCCCCAUCUCCUUCAACCCUAGUGGCCCCUGAGACCAGCAUACUUUCUCCUGUGGAAUGUUUUAAAGCACCUUCUGACCCCACAUCUCUACAGCCAGUUUCAGUGAAGCCUGAAGAAACUCUUGUCUCCAAAGAGGGUUUUAGGGUGGUCCCCGAAUUGCCCCCCAUGUCGGGCCCUCCUGCCGGAGAAGGGAAGGCCACCCCGCUCCCCGUGCAAGAGAGUGAUUUUCCAAAGAAGGCCAUAAAUCCAAGGCCUUCCAUCUCUACCCAGGAUCCUUCUCCAUCUCCAUGGUCUUCACGGCCCUCAGGAGCGGAGCUAGACACAGGACAGCGUUUCUUCAGCUUUGUGAUCCUCCACGCUCAAGAGGACGAAGCUAUUGCCCUUCGAGUCCGGGAUACCCUAGAGAGCCUGGGCGUACCAGAUGGCACCACAUUCUGUGAGGAAUUUCAGGUCCCUGGCCGUUUUGAGCUACGGUGUUUGCAAGAUGCCAUCGACAACUCCGCCUUUACGGUGCUGCUGCUCACUAAAAACUUUGAUUGCCGCAUGAGCCUCCACCAGGUGCAUGUGGCGCUGAUGAACUCCCUCACGAGGAGUGAGAAGGAGAACUCCGUCAUCCCUUUCAUUCCCCAGGAGAACACGCUGAAAUCUGCCAAGGUCUCCCCACUGCUGAAAGGCCUGGUAAGCCUGGAUGAGAGUUCUCCUGUCUUCUCCAAGAAAGUCCGUAGCACCUUCAACCCUCGGAGGCUACAAGCCCAAAGGGAAGUGUGGAAGAAACAACAGGAAAUCCAGGCCAUCCAGGAGCAGACUCAGCAGAUGGCAGCUGACAGGGAGAGGGUCUCCCAGAAGGAGAGUGCCCUCUCUGACUUGGCAUACCACUAUAGCCUUCUGCAACAGCAGUUACAGAAUCUCGCCUUGGCUUUUCCAAAUCAGGCAUCCUUUGCUCAAGGCUACAGGAUGCCGAUGCCACAUCCUUGGACAUAUGGUUUCCCCUCUCAGUUCACCACCACUCCCUCAGCUUUGCAGCCCAAUCAGCUGAUCCCACCUAUGUCUUUUCCCCCUGGCCCUAUUUCAGCCCCCCAGCUGGACCCUCAAGGUGCUGGGGCCCAGCCUCUUAUCAUCCAUAAUGCUCAUAUGGUACAAUUGGGUCUCAAUAACUACAUGUGGGGCCAGAGGGAAGGGCAGGGUCCCAAUGAGGAGGAGAGAACUGAGGGAGAGUGAGAAGAGCCAGGUAAGGUCCAGAGCCCUUGCUCCACUGUUCAGCCGUCCCCUGCUGCCAGCACUGGUCUGAGGAACCAGGAGAGCAAGCAUGGGCCAGUGCCAGAGAAAUGUCCACAGCUAGGAUCGCAAAUUUAGAACUGAAAGACACCUGAGAGGCCCUUCAGUCCAACAUCCUCAUUCUACAGAUUAGAAAACUGACGUCCAGAGAAGAUGGGUGACUUCCCUGAUGUCACACAGCUAGUGAUGGCUAGAAUUGAGAAUUUCAUCUCAAGGAUGGCAUGCAGGGCUUAAGAGUGCAAGAAAGCAUCGCCACCAUCCCUGCUCAUUGCCUGGUCUCUCCAUGUCCCUUGGGGGACUUGGCAGCCACAGCAUUACAGAAAGCCACAACAUUGUGCAAGUAGAGAGAUGCAGCAUUUUCCUUUUCUGGUUCUGUUGCCUCAUUUCUUUCCAGGGUCUGGAAAGGACCCUCGGUUGAAAGCUUCCAGCUCAAUAUCCCCUUGCUGCUCAGAACAUCAUCAGGGAACCAACCUCUGAUAGUGAUCUUCUGUCUGGGGCCUCCUUCUCCUUUCCAGAUUCUCCACUUAGACUCCACCACUUGUGAAGUGGGUCUCCCUCUGGUUGGGCCUUCUGGGUUUGAGGUUUAAUGUAUUUGAAUGUGUUGGAGGGGAGGGGAGGUCAUUACUGCCAUCAUCAAAAGACACAAAUGGAUGACUACUUUGUGCAUAGAACUAGGCACUGGAACAAGGUUGUUGUGGGGGUUUUUUGGGGGGGAUGUUUUUGGAUAGAUUUCAGGUGCUUCAUGAACUUGGAUGGGAAAAAAUGACGUAUUUAUUUUUGCUACUGUUCAACUUAAAUGUAGUAUUUCCUUCCAUUAUGAAUUCAGGCAAUAGACACUAUUCUGAAAAGGAAUCCAUAGGCUUCCCCAGACAGCCCAAGGGAUCUGUGACAUAGAAAAAAGAUUAUGAACCCCUAGACUAGAUGGAGGGGAGAGGAGGGGAAUAGACAGAGUCAUAUAUAUAUGUAUAUGUCUACACACACACAUACACAUAUAUGUCUUCACCUAUAUUAAUGUCAUCUUCCCAGCUGACUGUGUCAUCUUUCUCUUUCUCUCUAUGUGUACACACACACACACACACACACACGGAAGAUGAGAUGAAUAUAGUUGAAGACAUGCUUACUACCUGUAGGUCUCUUCACAGAAAGAAUCUGAUUUCGGCCAGUCCCCUUUCGAAGAUCUCAGAAGAGGAGAAGGCACCUUCUCUUCCCAAGGCAGCCUUGUCCACUUUUAGAUGGAUCUAGUGGCUGAGAAGUCCCUCCUUACAUUAACCUGGUGCUUAGCUCUCUGCUUCCUCCAACUGGUUGAGGUCUCUGGGGCCAAAGAGAACAAUGCCUCUUCUCCCUGACAGCCCUUCAAAUACCUAAAACACAUUUUAACGGUAGGUGGCAGCCGCCACAUGCUACGUAUCCCUCCUCGUGAACCCCUGCCCCCCCUGCCCCCCCAAGUCUGCAGGCUAAACAUCACUGAUUUCCUCAUCAGAUCCUCAAAGGGCCCUCAUGAUCAUGGCUGCCGUCCUGCACACUCUCCAGUUUGCUGAUGUCCUUUCUAAAAUGGGCCUCUGAGUACAGAACCCCAGUUUUAGGUUGUACUCUUGACUCUCCCUGACUUUAUCAUGCCAUGGAAACCUCUUCAUCCUGGGAGCUUUCACUGGCCCUGGACUUCCCACAUUGGAAGUACUCCCUGCCCCUGCCUCCUCUCCUUCUGAUGUGUUGGCCCAGGCCAACCAUGUCCUCAUUCCUCCACACAGUACACUCCUGACUGUCCAGACUUGCUCUCCAACAUGGCCCUAGGCUUCAUACUUACAUCUGUCUCCCUUCUUUCUUGCUUUUCAGUGCCCUUUCAUGGGUUGUCUUCCCCCAUCAGAAUGUAAACUCCCCCCCCCUCCAG